AUGGCACAAGUUCCUCUCGUUUCACAAUACGACCCGUACAGCCACACAGCUCAGCAGCUGCAGCAGCUCCAACAGCAACAGCUUCAGCAGCCGCAAAUGAAUCCAGAACCUGAUUUGUUGCGUAACCUCAUGGUGAACUAUAUUCCCACUACGGUUGAUGAAGUUCAGCUGCGCCAGUUGUUUGACCGAUUUGGACCAAUUGAGUCCGUCAAGAUCGUGUGUGACCGCGAGACGCGCCAGAGCCGGGGUUAUGGAUUUGUGAAGUUCCAGAGCGCGGCGAGUGCGCAGCAGGCUAUUUCGGGGCUGAACGGCUUCAGCAUUCUCAACAAGCGCCUAAAGGUAGCAUUGGCAGCCAGCGGCCACCAGCGUGCCCGCAACAACAUGAGCGGUGGGUUUGGCGCCUACGGCGGCUAUGGCGGCUAUGGGGGGUACGGCAGCUAUGGUGCGUACCCCUCCGCUGCGAAUCCCUAUGCUCAGCAGCAGAUGAUGGCGAUGCAACACCCUUAUAUGAUGGCAACGCAGCCGAUUCAGUCCAUGACGCGCCAGUAG